AUGAGUUUACUGCGCCUGCAAAUGUGUUCACUGUGCCAGCAAAUGUGUUCACUGCGCCAGCAAAUAACAAGGUUACACAUGAAAAUAGUUGUCCUGUCGGACAUUACGAUUCAACCACCACAAAUUGAAGUAGACGAGUUCAGACAACUGCUGACCAGGAUGAUCCGUGGUGGAGUUUCGAUUCAAGAGACAAGAAUCUCGUCGCUGCAAGGCUCCCUGUCCAAGUCUAGAAUACCAUUACGAACGCCAGAGAGUGAAGCUGGCCGAUCAAUACUAAAACCGCCACCGGAACGAAACGUGGUCCUGCCAUCACCAAUCAACGUUUCGCGACCGGAACGCGAAGACGGUCGAACGCCAUCAAAGUCUCUAACACCAAAAAAAACGGACGCUUCGAUCGACUUGAACCCUUCGUUGCCGUACACAGACUGUGAUGGCCAGGAUGAGCAGCAGAAGAACCAUGGUGCCGGAAAGGAAAAGAACGAACGCCGAGGGGAUAGACACCGCACAGAAUCGGAGUCCAGUUUCCGCCGGGACGGACGCUGGGAAUCGCUGAAAGUGACUUUUUUGCUCGACCAAACCGAAUCGGAACCCAGGUUCCGCCGCGACGAAUCGCGCAAGGGAGCAAGUUUGCACGACCGGACCGGAUCGGAGUCCAGUUUCCGGACCAGCCCGGAAUCAGUUUUCCGCCGGGAAAAACGUCACGAAAGGACCGGAUCAUCAUCAAGACGGCGUGAGCAGAACGAACGCCGAAAGGAUACACACCGCACAGAAUCGAAGUCCGAUUUCCGCCGGGACGGACGCCGGGAAGACGAUCGCAAGUGGGAGGAAUCGCUGAAAGCAGUCAUGCUUUUGAACGGGUUCUCCGUUCGUUCAAGUUCACACAGCAACACGAAAAAUAACAGCUCUGAGAACGAACGCUCGUCUCUAAGAAACGUUCGUUCAGUAGGCCUUUUUGAAACGAACGGAGAACCCAGUUCAGAACUUCAACAUUAACCUUUGAUAAGACCUCAGUAGACUAGCUAAAUUUCAUUGACUUUUAAUCACCCAUUUACAUAUCAGUACUGCUAGCCAGCCAGAAAGUGCCAUUUUUGCUCGACCAAACCGGAUCGGAACGCAGGUUCCGCCGCGACGAAUCGCGCGAGGGAGCAAGUUUGCACGACCGGACCGGAUCGGAGUCCAGUUUCCGGACCAGACCGGAAUCCGUUUUCCGCCGGAAAAAUGAUCAGGAUCGUCAAGACGCAGUGUCAAAGAGGAUCAAGAAGCCUGCAUUCGAGGGUGAUAACCACCGAUCUUCGUCCUCUUCUUCGUACUCUUCGGAAUCUUCUGCGCCGGUGUCCCACGAUGCUCGGCUUACGACAACGAUCCAGCAGGCUUUCCAGGGUGGACGCCGUCACGAGAUGGAUGAUGUUGAGCAGAAUCAGUCAAUCUCUGUUGAGCAGGAGCAGGUAUAUUGUAGUUGAUGUUCUUCUUCCCCUUCUUUCCUAUCUUUUGGGAGAUUGGCCAGAGACCGAACUACUGCAGUUAAGUGAAUUUUACCGGGUUUGAUGGACGUGACGGCCCUGGAACGGCCAUCACCUCCUUAG